AUGGCGCCUGAUCGGGGAUAUCGCGACGAUGCCGAUGGCGACGUUCACGAUACUAUCAGCAGCAGUAACCGCAGCUCGAUUUCGCAUGCUUCUUACCCCGAGAAUACCUCCGAGCGGGGACCUGUCAUCCACGGCCGCAGCUUCACCUUUCGUGGUGUUGCAGUCGGCCUGCUGGUCGGAUUGGUUAUUUGCUUCUCCAACAUGUAUUUUGGCUUGCAGACGGGUUGGGUGAGCACCAUGACUAUGCCAGCUAGCUUGAUGGGUUUCGGCAUCUUCAAGGCCCUGUCCAGGCACCUGCGAUUCCCAUUUAGUCCUGUCGAGAAUGUCCUUGUGCAGACCGUAGCUGGAAGCAUGGCCAUCAUGCCACUUGGCUGCGGAUUUGUCGGUGUGAUUCCCGCCAUGAACUAUCUCUUGGCUCCCGAGGAACAGGGGCCUCUCAACAUCCCCUUGUGGAAGUUGAUCACAUGGUCUCUUGGUCUUUGUUAUUUUGGUGUUGUCUUUGCUGUCCCCCUUACUGCUGUUCUCAUCGGGGUCCUUCAUGGCCAGACGCGGAAGGCCGGCCCCGACGCCGUAUCAGGCGGCUUCGCGAGUCUCGUACCGGAUCAUGACUCGAAGCCGAAUUUGACACUGGGGUCUAGCCGUAGCCACAACAUUGGAGAUCCCGAAAAUGCCGAUUCCGAGUGCCUCGAGAGUCGCUCCAAGGAUGAUUGGGCUCAGAAUGUGAGGCUACUUCUCAUAUGCUUUGGGAUUUCGGGCUUGUACACUUUGUCCUCCUACUUUUUGCCCGCUUUGCGAAGUAUCCCUAUAUUUGGCACCGGUGCCGCAGGAACUUGGCUUUGGACGUUGAACCCGAGCCCGGCCUAUAUUGGCCAGGGCAUAAUCAUGGGUUCUGAAACGACUUUACACAUGCUGCUGGGAGCCGCAAUAGGAUGGGGGUUCCUCUCUCCGCUAGCCAAGUAUCGGGGAUGGGCACCUGGUUCCAUCGACGACUGGGAAACAGGCAGCAAGGGCUGGAUCGUGUGGAUCUCCCUGGCCAUUAUGCUCGCGGAUGCCAUUGUCAGCCUCAGUUACAUUGCUUUCCGCCCCUUGGCCCAGCGUGUUGCCAAUGAAGGUGUGAAAGGUUGGCAGAAGCAUUUUGGGGCCAGCCGGCGUUCCACCCCAGCAUAUACUGCUCUGAACACGGAUGAGGAUGGAGAGGCGACGAGUACCUCCCGGCUCGUGUCUGACGAGUCGCAAUCCUCUGUGGUUCACCGUGGAUUGUCAACGUCGGGUGUCAGCGAUGGUCGCGCCGACGAAGCAGACGCACCAGAAGACCAACAAAUCGACAACAAGCUUGUUGCCGUGGGGCUGAUUUUGUCCAUUCUGCUCUGUAUCAUCACCAUACACAUUGUCUUCGGCGACCUGGUUCCCCUCUACGCCACGGUCGUUGCUGUCCUAAUGGCUCUGCUGCUCAGCAUCAUGGGUGUCCGAGCACUCGGUGAGACGGAUUUAAACCCCGUAUCCGGCAUCAGCAAGCUUGCGCAACUAUUCUUCGCACUCAUCAUUCCCCAAUCACAUAAGUCCAGUGUGCUUAUCAACUUAGUUGCAGGUGCAGUGGGGGCUCUUCAAGCGGGUGAUUUGAUGCAGGAUCUCAAGACAGGCCAUCUCUUAGGAGCCGCGCCCAGAGCCCAGUUCUGGGGCCAAGUGAUUGGAGCAACAGCAGGCGCUGUGGUCAGUGCCUUUGUGUACCAGCUCUACACAGCGUGA